CUGACCACACCAUCAUGAAGCUGCUGGCCUUUGGUCUCCUGAGCCUUUGUCUUCACGCCUUGAGCUCUGUGGUGACAUCUCCCCCGGGUGACACGGUGUCCCUGAACUGCUUGUACUCCACUAACAGCAACAGUAACGGCUCAUCGAUGCUCUGGUACAGGCAGCUCCCCCGCCAGCCCCCUGAGCCCAUACUGCAGACCUUCAGUCCUAAGAGUACGUUCAGAACUCCAUUUUUCCAGUAUGGAGAGCACUUUUCCCUGAAGAAAAAUCACACCUUAGUCAUCCGAAAUGUCACCCAAGAAGACGCCGCCACUUAUUACUGCUGCAAGCUGGAAACAGACGUGUGCCGCUUCGGCGAAGGGAUCGAGCUGCAAGUGGACGGUUUGAUGAAAAUGAAUGUAAUCCACCAAGUUUACUGUAGCAGUGGAAUUUUAAUUUGGGCGUCCACCAUCUUGGGAUUCCUGCUGGUCGUGAUGACGUCUGCUUUGACGUAUGUGGUGUGCAGGCUGAAGUCUAAAGUGAGACGGCUGUCAGAAGAAUUGGAAAGCGUCAAGAAUACGAGGAGGCAUUGCUUGGAAUCUGAGAUUCUACCUACUAAGAAAGAUCUGGAAGGAGAAUAUCAGUCGCUGUCCCACAAGGAUCAGGCCUUAUAUGAAGUGUGUGGCCGCUCCCAAAGAACAAGAAGGAAAUGAAGAAUGAAGGAGAGGAGAUGAAAAAUAACCGAUUGAAGGGGAAGAAGGCUGUUUAAGCAAAAUUGAAAUGCAUUUUAAGUUUUACAGUUUCACAUCCUUUCAAAAUAAACAC